AUAUAACCCUAUUCAGAAUUAUAUAGGAGGCUUCUCAUUGCUGUAUAUGCCUUGAGCAUAUGUUAUGUAAUUGGUAGGCCUAGAACCUUCUGUUAUUUGUAAUGAUUUUUUUCGUUUUAUGAUAAAUGAAAGCUUCCCAGACAAGUUACCUUGAACAGCGCGCAUGCGCAAAGAGACCGAGGAGCUCUGUUGCAAAAGGUUCUCACACAAUGCCACGCGUGCGCGGUGUGCUUCGCAUUACGAAUAGAAUUGCUGCAUCUUCUCAGGCAGCUACUAGCAGUCUUUUUACGACCAAAGGUCGCACGGAGUCAGGGACGCGCCUAGUCACGGGAACAGUGAAGAGCGCGUUCACGACAUGCCAGAUCGCGCUUUCACAGUGUUGAGUAUCAAACAGCGUGCGGGGGUCGAGCCUUAUGGUUGCACUGGGUCAGGACGGCCGGAGGAUUCUGUUGCGUUUAUUUUGCAAAUAUGUUAUUUUCCCCCGGAGGUAAUUGACCGAGCAAACUCAUGUGUAUGAUCGGGGACCAGGAAUACACACUAUGGUCCGGGAAACACGACAUUUAUGGGUUGGAAAUUUGCCCGAAAAUGUACGAGAAGAGAAAAUCAUUGAACACUUUAAGCGAUAUGGACGCGUGGAGAGUGUCAAGGUCCUUCCCAAGCGGGGGUCCGAGGGAGGAGUGGCAGCCUUUGUGGAUUUCGUGGACAUCAAAAGUGCCCAGAAGGCGCACAAUGCUAUCAACAAGAUGGGCGACAGAGACCUGCGGACGGAUUACAAUGAGCCCGGCACGAUCCCGAGCGCCGCGAGAGGACUGGACGAUAGCCUGUCCCUCGGGUCUCGUGCCCGGGAUGUAUCAGGGUUCACAAGGGCAGCCGGGGGGCAGGUGUAUGUGCCCCCCGCCUCACUCCACAACAGGGACGGACGCUAUGAACGCAGACUAGACGGAACCGGCGAGAGUCGCGAGCGAGCGUACGAUCACGGUACCUACGGACACCACGACCGCGCCGGCAGCGGCAGCUUUGAGCGCCAGCGGCACUACGAAGCGGACUAUUAUCGCGACGCCAGGGACAGAACUCUGGGCACGAGUGGUGCGAGUGGAUCCUUAACCCCUAGUGGAAGCGUUGCGUCUGCCUCAGCGGGCAGUGGCGGCAGCGGCGGUGUUGGCGGGGCUAUCGUUAGCUGUGUGGCCGGUAGUAGCGGCGGAGCCGGCGGAGCAGCGGGCGCCGUGGUCGGUAGCGGGGGAUCGACGUCGAGCGUCAUCGGCUUCUACCGCGCCCACAGCCGUAGCCCCUGCCGCUUCGAGACGCCCGAGCCGCGCUACGAGUCCGGCCGCGCCCGGGAGUCGUUUACGCUGGCCAGCGUCGUCCACCGGGACCUUUACCGGGACGACAGGGGGCGCCAUGUUGAGCGCACGUACCGCCAGAGCCGCAGCAGGUCCCGCUCCGCGCAUUCCCGGAACCCGUCUCCUGAGAGGCUGGCGGGCCAGACGGCCGGUCUGGCGGGGCAGACGGCCGUUCUGGCCGGGCAGACAUUGGGCUCCCGGAGUCGCUCGUCCAGCUCCGACUCCAUGAGCAGCGACAGCAGCAGCACCAGUGGCAGUGACUCCAGCACCAGCUCCAGUGACGACUCCCCUGCACGCUCUGUGCAGUCUGCUGCGGUUCCCGCCCCUUCCGCCCUCGCUCUAUCCUCCCUCGACAAGGAUGAACCGCGCAAAAGCUUCGGCAUUAAGGUCCAAAAUCUUCCCGUGCGCUCUACAGAUACGAGUCUAAAGGAUGGUCUGUUCCAUGAAUUUAAGAAGCAUGGGAAGGUCACCUCCGUGCAGAUCCAUGGGGCAUCCGAGGAGCGAUACGGACUCGUGUUUUUCCGCCAACAAGAAGACCAGGAAAAGGCCCAGGGGGCGUCGAAAGGGAAGCUGUUUUUUGGAAUGCAAAUCGAGGUCGUAGCCUGGAACGGCCCUGCUUUCGGUCUUUUUUCAGAGACGGAAAGCGAGAAUGAGUUCCGCCCAUUGGACGAGAGGAUAGAUGAGUUCCACCCUAAAGCCACACGAACAUUAUUCAUAGGGAACCUGGAGAAGACCACCAGCUAUCAUGAUCUGCUCAACAUCUUUCAACGCUUUGGAGAAAUUGUUGAUAUUGACAUCAAGAAGGUGAAUGGAGCCCCCCAGUAUGCUUUUCUACAGUACUGCGACAUCGCCAGUGUCUGUAAGGCCAUCAAGAAAAUGGAUGGGGAGUAUCUUGGCAGCAAUCGCCUAAAGCUGGGAUUUGGAAAAAGUAUGCCUACGACCUGUGUUUGGCUGGAUGGAUUGGCAUCAAACACCACAGAACAGUUUCUUACGCGUCAUUUCUGCCGCUAUGGACAUGUUGCCAAGGUUGUAUUCGACAGGAUGAAAGGGAUGGCCCUAAUUCUGUACAACAACAUUGAAUACGCGCAGGCUGCAGUCAAAGAGGCCAAGGGAUGGAAGAUAGGGGGCAAUAAGGUCAAGGUGGACUUUGCCAAUCAGGAGAGUCAGAUGGCAUUUUAUCGUUCGAUGCAGGCCUCUGGCCAGGACAUCAGGGAUUUCUAUGAUCUCUUAACUGAUCGAAGGGAUGAGCGACGAAGUCAAUAUGAGUUUUCGGCCGAGCGAACAUACUAUGACAACGUACGAACUUCGGCCACGUACACUGAAGAUCCAAGACGCAAAUACCCGACCCGAAGUCGGGAGUUCUACGGUGAAUGGGAUCCAUAUCAAGGAGACUACUACGAUCCACAAUACUUUGAAGACCCACGGGAAUACAGAGAGUACAGAGCAGACCCCUACGAGCAGGACAUCCGCAAAUACAGCUACCUGCAGCGGGAACGUGAACGGGAGAGGGAACGCUUUGAAACCGACCGCGGACGCGACCAUGGCAGAAGGACUAUUGAACGCAGUCAAAGCCCUGCCCAUAUUCUUCCCCACCGCCUCGCCAGCCCAACGGCAUCACCUUCCCUUUCGGAGAGGAUACAGAGUGACUCUGAACGCAGGCUGUGCUGUAGGUCAUCUGAAAGGAGUGGAAGCUGUAGUUCAGUCUCCCCACCCAGAUUUGAGAAACCCGACAAGACACACGCUGAAAGAUACAACAAGCUUGAUAAGCUUGAGAAAGAUCGUACUUUUGACGUAGAACGAGGAAACGUCAGCGACAAGGAGAAGCGGGUAGGACGAAAAGACAAAGUCGAUAAGCAAAUGCUGAAGAAGCUCAAAGCUUCUUCACCUAAUUCCCAAGAGGUUGAACCUGAAGUCGAAAGGGACGUUUGCCCUGUGGCAGCAUUUCAAAGUAAAAGUAUAAAGACGCAAAAGGAAGCCUGCGGGAAGGUAAAGGUGGAUAUUUUGCCGUGUGUUGUACAAUUAACCCGCGUCAAAGAAAAAGAAAGUAAAGAAGGUAAAACAAUUGGCCAUGCGGCCCCAGAGAAAAGACGACCAAAGGGGGAAAGCGACAGUCAUCCGUUGGCAUCUCCUUCAGAAGAACAGAGAAGUCCCCCAUGUACCACAGAGUUCUCAAAGGGGGAUAUUCCCAAGCUUGGAAAAGUAGAAAAAAAGACUUUGUCUAGCGUGAUAGAUGUUGUUGAGAAAGAUGCCAAAUUAAAGACAAAGAAACUUGGUAAAUCUGAAGCCGGAUUUGAUAGCCUAUCUGUGGAUAUUGACCGUUUAGCGGCUAGGAAAAGGCGUUUUGAAGACUCAGUUGGGAAACCCAACCGACAAAAAAGACAUGCAGAGAAGGAAGACAACAGACAGGAACCGUGUCUAGUAGGAGACGGUUCCCAGGAGCUGAUUGAUGAGAAGAGCCUUGUCUUAAAAAGGAUCCAUAAAAGGGACCACAGCAAAGACAAUUGUGACCAAAUAGUUUCUGUUUACAGUCCAAAAGAUAGAAAAGACUCUGAAACUAACUCCAUUGGCCUCACCCUGGAGCUGCAAUCACGACUAGGAAGCCUUCAUGAAUAUUCCAUGGAUUCAUUGGAAAAGUCAUAUGUUCAAAUGGAAUGUGGGUUAUCCAAAGGACAAAGUAGCUCCAUUUUAACAAAGUUGUUUGAUGAUAGCAAUCCCGAUGCAGAAUACAAAGAACAGAAACCGGGUUCAUUAGAAACUGCAGACAGCAUAGUGCAGUACAAAGAAACUACUGAAUGCAACAAAGACCUUGUUUCACACUUUGAACAAAUGAAAAGGUGCAAAAAGCAAACAGAAUCGAGUAGCUGGCCUGGCCCAAAGGUUGUUAAGCCUGACACAUUUGCAAAAUCUCAAAGUCCACCAUGUAAUGAGGCUUAUGAUUUUGAAAAGGAUUGUAUGCCGUGUGAUCUCAGAAAAUCUGAUCUGAAUGAAGGCAAUGUUUCAUCUUCAAAACGCAAGAAACUGGAGCAAUCUGACAGUGAAGUCUUCUCCCCAGAAAGUGAACCAAACAUCUGCAGCCCUCCACAUUUACAUGAGGCUGUACAACAGAAUAUCACAUCAUUGAGUGCAAGUCAGGUUUCCACAAGAGAAGAAGAGGGUGGUGCCCAGAUUUCCUUAUCAUUCAUAAAAAAAGAGCAAAGGUCUUCUCCAAUAGCAGAUGAGAAAACAUUCCCACACAUUGAAUCGUUAAAGUACAACUUGGACCUGACAACCAGAGAUUUUCAGUCUACAGAUACUGAGUUCUCCAAGCUUAAAUCAGCACUGCUUGGGUGUGAUAAGGAACUACUGCAUCGCUGGGAGCGAAAAAUCAAAUCUGAUUCGGUGAGGAUGGAAAUGACCAGUCCAACCAGCAUUGUAAAACACGACACAAUGCAUCCAAAUCUUGCAGAAGUACAGUCUGAUUCCGAUGAGUAUAGUGAGGGCAAAAAUGACCUUCCCAGCACCAACGCCUCUCUAUCUUACAUCCUCAGAGAACGUGAGGAUAAGUGUACUGACCUUAAGCUCUCAGGCUCUUUGGAAAAGAACAAGUUUUAUUCGUUUGCGUUAGAUAAGACCAUUACUCCUGAUACAAAAGCACUCCUUGAACGAGCUAAGACCCUGUACUCUUCCCGGGAGGAGAAUUGGUCAUUUCUUCCCACUUGCUUCCCAAGCACCGACAGUUGUUCAGACAAGGAGAAGGUUGAGCUGGCGCCUCGACCAAUUCCUUCUUGGUACAUGAAAAAGAAAAAGAUUCGUACCAAUUCAGAAGGAAAACAGUGUGACAAAAAGGACGAACUGAAGCCACAAGAACAGGAGAGAAAGGAACUGUUCGCCUCCCGUUUUCUCCAUAGCUCCAUAUUUGAACAAGAUUCACUGCGUUUGCAACGCCUUGAGCGCAAAGAUCAGGACAUACAGACUGGAGCCAGUAAACCUCUGGCGAAGCUUAGUACUACUGAGUUGCAACCUGUUUCUGGAAGUGUUAACAUCCCUCAAGAGCCUAAAGUGCUUUUCCAUAGUCGAUUUCUUGAGCUACAGCAGCAAAAAGACAAGGAUCACCCUGCCCAUGAUGCUGAAAAUGUGCCCAUUGAGAUCAAAGCAGAAUUGCCAAAUGGCAACAAUGACUUGUGUGUCAUUGCAUCAGAUCAAGUGCACAAAAUGAAUACAGAGUCUGUCAAUUCCGUAGUCAACGUCCCGUUUUCACCACAGAUUACCUCUCCCAGGGAAACCUCUCCUCCAUUAAUGAAGGACAGUAAAGCCCCAGAAGAAGACGAAGAAGAGCACAUUCUUGAUUCAUUCCAACCACAAUCACCAUUGAAAGAUGUUAAAUCAGUUGUGACUAAACUACCUGAGAAUUCUCCUUUGGCCCUUUCAGAACCAGAAUUUCAAGAGGAGGAAAAAGUGACUUUAAGUAAUACCAAACUGAAGAUUGGAGGUGGUGGGGACCAUAAGCCCCCAACAUCUGGCAGCUCUUUAAGUAGUUUUGAUGGCGAAACUCCUGAAUUCCGUCUCACUGAAAGUAUAACCACUGAGCCCAAAACAGGAGAUGAAGAAUCUAAACAAUGCAAGGAAUCUGAGACGGACAAAUAUUUAUCUUCUCAACCAUUGGAAAGUGACAUUAAGCUGUUACCAAAGCGUAAACAGCCUAAGAACAAAAGAGCAAGGGCUGCCGGAUCAGGGCUACGUUCUAAGCGGAUUUCUCAAAUUCCACCCAGUAAAAAACCUGUGACUCGAAAGAGUGAACGCAUUGACAAGGAAAAACUCAAGAGGGCUUCAUCUCCUCUGGAAAUAUCCAAGACAUCAGAGGGGAAAAACACCCCAAUACCGGCCUCCGACUUGGAACAAACUCUUGAUUCAAGUUUAUUUCAAGGAAGAACACGUCGCAGAAAUGUAAAAUCUGUCUAUGCCACGCUAAAUGAAGGGGAGCAAGCUGGAAAAGAAGUGAUUGAGCCGUUGCGCUCUAUGCGCAAGCGGGGUUCAGAUAAAGACCAGGUGCAACAGGAUGGUCCAAAUCAAUCGGUCAUUACAAGGCGUGGCCGGCCUCCCAAGCGGGGAGGCAGACAGGGGGAGGAAGUAUCACCAGUGAAGGAGGAUCAGCCCAAAAUGAUGGAAGAGGAUGUGGAUCUCGGGGUAAGCUCAACCUCAUUGGAGAUCCUGAAAACAUCCGAGGAAUGGUGUUCACCCGUGACACAGAAAGUGCAGCAACCUCAAGUAAAGAAAGCCAGCAAAAUAGGUAGAGUUCAUUUAGUAGCAGAGGCAAGUGAUUCGGCGAGCAAUGAACUGUUGGAGACGAAACUUGAAGAGGAUUCUGUACUGUCAGGAAAAUUGUCAGAAAAAGAGGAAGCUCCAAAAAAGGAUUUUGAUGUUCACACAACCUCUGAAGAGGAAAUGAUCAGAGUAGACGUCAGGCCUUCACAGAUAAAACCACCUGAAAAAAUUACUAAAAUAAAAACGGCAAGACUAAAAAGAAAUGCAAAACAGCUCACUGAUGAGAAGUCGCACAACCUAAAAAAUCUUGAGAUACGUGUCAGUGUUGAUGAUGUUAAAUGUUUACUUCGUUCAGAAGAGAAUGAGUCUGUAUCCUUUGAAGCAGCCACCAUUACAAAAACAAUACCAGGACUUGAAGAUAACAAAGGAACUAAAUCAGUGUCCCCCCAGAAAGAAACAAAGGAAAACAGUUCAGUGGAAAUGGAAGAUUUAUCAGAAACCGAAACUCCUAUUGAUCCAUCUGCCAAUCUUAUAGCACGUCAAAUGGAAUUGGAGCAAGCUGUUCAAAAUAUUGCUAAGUUCGCUACAGGUCAACAGUCUCAACCAUUGAAAGAACCACCUGCAGAGACACCUUCACUGCCCCCUACUCCAUUGGAGCCACCGAAUGAGGUUGAGGUGGAGAAGAAGGCUCUCCCUGCAUGUGAAACAGAACUUGCUGCAGCCAUCGAUUCAAUUACAUCUGAAGACAUAUCUGCAGAGCCAGAAGGUUUCACGGCUCCUCCUAGGUACACAGAUGUAAUUUCCACUGUGAUUUCACCCGCUACCAAUGAGAUCAGAAAGCCAGUCAAACGUUUAGCGUUCAACAAAAAUCGAACAGCAGACCAAGCCGUUGCACCCUUAACACCUGGCGCAAAGCCAGUCCUGUCAGAGAUUAAGGCAGGUCCGUCAACCGCUGCAAGUCCUGAAGUCUCCAAAAUACUGGCACCUGAAACGGUCAAGAAAAUGGGCACGGUCAAAACUAAGACUGUGAAAAAGCCCCGGAGUCGUAAAGGCGUGGCAAUCAAAAUAAAUAAAACAUCUAAGAAGGUUAUAGAAACGGAAGCAUCCCAUAGCAAGCUCCCAGAGUCAAUCCCCGAAGACCAUCAGACCACCAACCCCAAGGCUGUCCCAGCUGCAUCCACCGCAGGUGCCUCGGUUGUUACUGCACUGGCAACUUGCAGACAAGACAUCUCGAGUGCCAUGAAGGUGGACACCCCUAAAGAGGCAGAGCAACCUGCAAUGGAACAGCCUGUACCCCAAGAAUCAGCAUUUCACUUGGGCACAAACAAGGCAUCUAGCAGCAGAAAAUGUCUACAAGCAGCAAAGCAACCAGGCCUAACUAUUGCCCCUUCUCCAGCCCCCCCAAUCCCCGUAUCCCAAUUCAUUGCUCCUCCAUUGCACCAUGGGAAAUCCAUCACCCCCGACUGGUUGCCUAAAUCUGAGGGAAGUAAAAUGUUUGGCCCUCAUUCGCCUCAUGCUGCUGUGGUAACUCUCUCUGAACAAGCAGUAACUUCACUUGCAGGCCCGCAAGGAAAUCCAGCACUACCUCCUGACACCAAGGCAUCAGAUACAGAUCCAAGUUCAAGCACGUUAAGAAAAAUUCUAAUGGAACCCAAAUAUGUUUCUGCAUUAAAAAACAAGGAUAUGCCAAACACCUCACUGACAUCUGUACUAUCAGAGCCUUCUCCAAGAAUGGAGAAGAAAAAUUCUCUUGAAUCUGUGGAUUCAAGACAUGUACACCCUGAAGAACCACACCAUUUAUCGCCACAACCCCAAUACCCCAAACCAUCUCCGCUUACAGAGUCACGUCAAAACUACGGGGAGAAAAUCCAGCAUACCGUCAUUUCCUCUCCCUCUACUUCGGUUAUCAGCCGAAUACCGAUUCCAUAUGACUCUGAGGACACUCCUCGUAUUUCCCUCAGCAACCGUAACACUGGCCAAUCACUUCCUAAGCAAAAGUUUAGGACAAACUCAAAUGAGAACAGUCGCUAUCAUGUACUCGAUACAAUGAACGAUGUCCCCAGAGGUCGAUCUGUCGUAGAGAACACUCCUUACAGUACAGCUGCCAGCCAAGGCCUGCGAGUCAACACCUCAGAAGGUGUUGUUGUGUUAAGCUAUUCGGGUCAGAAAACUGAAGGACCCCAAAGGUUGAGAGCUAAAAUUAGUCCGAUCCCUCCAGCGAGCGCUGGGGACAUAGAGUUUCAGCAAUCUGUCUCCAAAUCUCAUAUUAAGCAAGAGCCAAUCUCCCCAUCAUCUCAACCCUCAACCCCAAAAGGGCCUCAGACCCCUACAAUUUAUGGACACACUAGAGGGCUUUUAAGUGGCCAAUCAUACAACUCCCAACCUGUUAUUGCUAGUACCAAGCAAGAAAAUCAAAGGCCGGAAAAAUACGAAGUCCCGUAUCCCACAGGGUCCCAGGGGGGUGUUGUGAAGAUGUUUCAACCAUCGGGUGCCAGUUCUCAAGUUUUGAUGUAUAAUCAAGCAGUAAUACAGUCACAUGGACACACUCAUGGAAACAGAGGACCAGGAACAGAGUCGGCACCAAAAAAGAUGGACAUGAGCAGGCCUGUGCCGCAUUCUAACCUCAGUCCACGCAUGAGCCCACAUCACACAUCACUCUCCAGCACAUGCAGGAGUCCCGGUUCUGGCAUCCCACCUGAUCGCCCAGCUCCCCUAAUGAAGCAGGAGCCGCAGUCUCCACGCUCAAUAGUUAAAUCUCCUUCACCCUUUGUCAAGGCCUGUCCUCCUAGCAGUUCUCCUAUUGGUACCUCUGCCCUGGGUCCUGGCUUGUCCCCCUUGUCCCCCUAUUCUGGCAUGCCUCAUACACACACAGAACAGUCAUCGGUCAUAAUGCCGCCUCACAAUGUGGCAAAUUCAAUGGCCAACGAGGCUAGGCUGAAUACACAACCAAUUUCCGCCAUUAACUAUGGAAGGCGGUCCGAUUCCUUGCCCUCCCCACGAAGCCUGCCACCACAUCAUCCAAGUACACCUAAAUCCAGCGUCAUCCGAGACAUGGCGCCGCAGUCCCACCUGGGUCCGCAGGGAGUGGUGUCAGGGGGCAUCAACAGCAGUGGGUCUGAAGAAGAUCGAAGGCACUUCAACCAAGGGCUGCCCAGGCCCCCCGUGCCCCAGAUUCAACCAGAUGUGAUCAUGAUGAAGAAUGACCAAAGGAGCUUACGCUUGGAUCAGUACAGAGACAUGCACCAACGCAUUCUCCUGCACCAGGAGCUAGGAGAGCCGGCAGCUGUGGAUGCGAGGCAGGCGCGCCCUUCAGAGCUCAGCACAAUCUCACCAGUAAGCAUUUCUGCGCCAUCCAUCCGCCCUUUUCUGGGAAACAACACAACAUCCACCAUCAAGGAAUCUCCCAAAGCACUGGAAGGCAAAAACGUGCACCCAUCGCACACUGAGAGUAGGAUCAUGGGAGGUCAUGCGUCCCGUCCUGUGAUGGGGUCCUCUCUCCCCCAAGGAGUUCAGCGAAUGCAUCCAGGGGCCGCGGGCUCCUUCCCCGUCUACAGGGACAUGUUGGGCUUCCCUUCCCAGUUUCCUAGACGUCCUACUGUGGGAAUGAAUCAAGCUAAUCGAGGAAUUGUAUCAUCCCAGGUCCAUUCAGAAAAUGAGCUAGGACUCCGGGAAAAAGUGUCUCAUUCUGUCAUUGCCGGCUCCCUUGGGGGCAUGGACUCCACUUCAGAGAGUUCACACCUUCGCCACGGCUCCUCUGUGGACCUCUCACAUGCGUCACGAAUGCAAAGGGAAGCCGUCUCUCCUUCCUAUCAAUCUCCGAUGGCUUUACCCGCGGGGAUGCCCCACAAGGCAGACUCAUCUCUCCAGGGCCCUCCAGCCUUCCUAACGACACCUCCACCUACAGGGCUCUCCAUAGGGGCCCAACGCUUACAUCCGCAGGGAAAGCUGGAGCAUUCUGGUCAUUGCUCCACUGACAUGGUGCAACUUCUAAAGAAAUAUCCCAUCGUGUGGCAAGGCCUGCUGGCCCUGAAGAACGACCAGGCUGCCGUCCAGCUGCACUUUGUUUCUGGUAACGAGGUGCUGGCCCAGUGCUCCCUCCCCCCACCAGAGGGGGGCUCUAUGCUACGUAUCGUCCAGAGGAUGAGGCUGGAGGCCUCCCAGCUGGACAGCGUGGCGCGCAGAAUGACUGUGGAGAAUGACUACUGUCUGCUGCUGGCCCUGCCCUGUGGACGAGACCAGGAGGAUGUCCUGAGUCAAACCCAGGCCCUGAAGACGGGCUUCAUCACCUACCUGCAGGCCAAACAGGCCGCCGGCAUCAUCAACGUCCCCAACCCUGGCUCCAAUCAGCCAGCCUUCGUGGUCCAGAUCUUUCCACCGUGCGAGUUCUCCGAGGUGCACCUGUCGCACCUUGCCCCCGACCUCCUCAACAGCAUCUCCAGCAUCUCUCCCCACCUCAUGAUUGUCAUCGCGUCGGUGUAACGGCUUCUACAUCGUCUUUUUAUUGUCCUGAAACCAAGCCAACACCAGCCUCUUUAGACUCAUUCGGUUUUUUAAAAGACUGGAAAUACUUAUUUUUGUCAUGGAUUCGACUUUGUAUUAUUGUUAUUAUUUAAGCAUGCACUUAAUUAUUUUUUUCCUUCUCUUUUUUUUGUUGAUUCACCAAGUCCUUAAAUCACCCAUCCCUAAUCCCUGCCUUUUCUGGAGACACGUUGCAUUGAGAUUAACUGAAAUGUUUGCCAUCUUUUGAGGAACGUGUAGGAUUCAAAUGGGAAGCAACGCAAGGAGACCUAAAGGGAUGUUUUUACUUUCAUAAAGUGAAUUUUUAUUUAUUUUUUUGUUUUAUAGAGAAGCCAAUCUGAUCAGGCAUUGCACUAUGAGAAAAGACACUUGUAAUCUUGUACAGAUUUGUGUGAUCAAUUAUCAAUCCACUGGUCAACGUUGCUUGAGCAAAAAAAAAAUAGGGGAUUACGUGCCAGGAAGCUGACUGAGUUUUGACCGCCUGAUCAAUGAUGUAAUCUAUCGAUCUACAUAUCAACAUAUCUACUGCACUGCUUAGUUAUUUUUGUCAGCCAAAUUCCAACUGUCUAUCCUCAAAUGGGUUCUUUGCCCAGGAAAUACUACUAGGACUCCACAUGUUUUAGGUUUACACGCAAUGCCUCAACUGGGAACUUUGUGAAUAAUAUGUAUUAUUUUGAUGUUUUUUAAGCUGGAAGGUAUUGGACUAUUGGGAAAUUGUAAAUAUUCUGAGUAUUUAAAGACUGCAGAGAUGUUUGGAGAGACCAAGUGGAUUAUUUUUGACAGAUUGUUGUUGUUUUGUUUGUUGUUUUUCAGGCAGGGCAGGAUGUGAAUCCCAACUAGAACCAGAAGUGAUAUUCAGAAAUAUUUUUAAAUUGACUGUGCCAAAAUAUCCUUUUUCAAUUGCUAUCACAAUCGCAAUGGAUUGAUUAAACCUACUAUUUUCAUACGCGACUUUGUAUUUGCCGCUCAGAUCGUAGAAAAAGUCCUACUCUAUCCUAACCCCAAUCUCUCAUAGGCCUACAUGAAGUUACAAGGCUGUAUUCCUGUUUUUUUUAUUUCCAUAGAAGCAGUUUAGGAGUUUGAAUCCAACAAUUGUUGCUUCUUGUUGCAGUUGUGGUUAAUGUACUGCCUUUUUUCUUUCCUUUUCCUGCUGUCCUCUACUGCCCCCUGCUGUUUUGUGUAAACUUCAUCCUUUUAGAUACGACCAACAGCAUGACAUAUUUUGAAUUCAUACAUAAUGAAGUGAAAAAAGAAAAAAGAAACUUAAAGGAAAAGAAUGUGAUUUUUACUCAAACGAUGUAUCAAAUAACUUUCCAUAUUCCCCUUCUAAGUAUUGUGUUCAUAAGUGAAACUGUAGAUACCCAUUCCCUCAUUUUGCUGUCCUAAUCCAGAUCCCCAACCUUUACAUCGUCUCUUUUCAGGCUCCUCAUUUUUGUUUUGUGCAACAAAACGAAGCCACCUGGAGGAGAGACUAAGCUAGGUGCGAUUCUGGACGUAAACCAUGCUUUACAUUAUUUUGUAAAUAUUUCUAUGACUUCAGGCUUGAGGUUUCUCAACGGUUUUGUUGAAGGCACUUAUAUUUUAUUUAUUUAAUUUUUAUACGCAAUUAAUGAAAAUAGACUUAAAUGUAAGUGAACUUAAAACUUUGUCUUUUGAUCAUUCUUCAUUUUGGGUGUGUUUUGCUGUUCCUCCAUGAGGACAAUUACAAUGUAAAAUAAAUGUUUGUUUAACAUACUUCUGCAGAUCAUUAAAUGGUCCGUCAAUCUGA